AUGUCCUCGACCCAUGAGGCGUUCAGCCUGCCCACUACAUCACCUAGCUUCCACCCGGAUGCGUUUAAUCCGGAGACAUUGACAACACCCACAACCAGCACUUCAUCGUAUUCUUACCCUCCUCCAUCAUCCGGGGGUGCAUACGAUUAUGUCCCCGCUGGCACACGCUCAAGACAAUCAACUAUACUUCCGCUCCAUUCCUCCUCCUCCCUUCCGCCACUGCCAGCGUACCCUCCUUUGUCCCAUACUUGGGACCGACUGCGUGGAUGGCUCUCUAGAGAAUAUCCAGAGCUGGGCGAUACGCUUAACUACGGUAUACUACCACAAGACCUUGCCCAAGUAGAGAUGUCUAUGGGGCUGGUCUUGCCCCCCACCGUCCGAGAGUCUUACCUAUGUGUCGAUGGACAGGAAGCCGAGUCUGCGGCUGGUUGCUCAGAGGGCCUUUUCUUCGGUCUCACACUGCUACCCCUUGAGGAUGUCUUGGAAGAGUGGCGGUUUUGGCGGGAAGUGGAUGAUGAUCCCAACACAGGUGCGAAUCCGCGCUUACGGGAAGUGAUGCAGUCGAUCCCCACGAGCUGGGUAAGACGCGAAUACUCGUCUCGGGGAUGGAUACCGCUUGUAGCGGACAAAGCUGGCAAUUAUCUUGGAGUAGACAUGAAUCCCGGAGAAGGUGGCGCCGCCGGUCAGGUCAUCGUCUUUGGUCGGGAUUUUGACACGAAGGUGGUUAUGUGGAGGGGGGACGGCCCCAGCGGCUGGGGAAAAUGGCUUGCGAGUUUCGUAGAUGAGCUGGAGAGCGGAGAAGGAUUUGAGCUUGGCGGGGCCAACGACGGAAGCGAAGGUAGCGAAGAUUCGGUCGGAUACGAAAGCUAUUUCUUCGACGGUGUUGGUGGAGGUCAGGGAGAUACUGGUGGUGAUGCUGGUACUGGCGGACUGCGGAUGGCAGGCGAAUACAGGGGAUGGAAUGUUUUAGAGGCAUGGGCGGAUCGCAGUGUGCGGAGAUGGCAGGAAGCUGGUCUAUACUCCAAUGAAUCCUAUCCCGUAUGGGAGAAGGGGAAGGUCCCAGAGAAAAUAUCUCUUGAUCGCUUACCAAGUAGCUCUGGAGCCGAAGUCCCAAUUCCCGUCUUCUCGGAGGUUGAAGAGACAUCAGCACUUACUACAACGCCUUUGGGCAAUGUAACCAACACGAGUCAGCCUUCGCGACCAGGAGUGCCCUCGAUUUCGGUCUCCAAGCCUCCAGCACCUUUGCCUGUGGAACUUCCCACGCCUGAACCUAUAAGCUCGCCGCCUGCCGACAUUCGUUCUCUCCCCAUUGACGAUUUGGAAGCAGGUGGUGGCAUAGUCAUGCGCGAGAUCGACAGCAAUUCUUCAGUAUCCACUAUACCACUCUCAAAGCCACCAACACCACACGAUAUACGCAGGCGGUCUAAUCCAAUCGAUCCAGUUCGGAUACCUUCUCCUCCAUCGAGAGUCUUGACAGACUCACCGGAUACCAUCAUAGAAGUUGGGCCUGCCUCCUUUCAUACGCCUGACUUGCUAGCUUCGUCAGACAUAGAUGUCCACCCUGCUCACUCUGGACCCUCACACGCUUCAAUCGACGACGUUGUACUGGAUCUCGUGGGGAAGGUGGAUGAUGAUUCACCUGUAUUCAUUCAAGCUGAGGACACUGGGGAGCUUGAUCCGCCGAUUCGGCUGGUCGGAGGCGGAGGCAUUUCCGGAAUUGUCGAUGACUCGGCGCAGAAUGAUGUUGCCUUCAUUGACGAACCUCAACCAGUUGAACUGACACCUGUUCUCUCAAACGAUUCAACAAUAGCCGCGGGCGGAAAACAUAAGAAAAAGAAAAGGAUCGCUUCGAGCCUCAAGAGCAUUGGGCAGCUUGGCAGCGGCAAGCGGAGGAGCGAUUCUCUUUCGCUCGAGGGGAGUGGUUGA